CAGCACCGGGUCCAGAGGAGCGCACCAGCCCAGCCCUCGCCGCGGAGUCCCCCGCCGGGUAGCUUUGGGAACCACCAGAAGGAAGCAGAUCAUCCUACAACCUACUGACAUGAUGCUGGCUGCCCGUGUCUCCAGACCCCUGUCACAGCUCCCGGGAAAAACUCUAAGUGUCUGUAAUAGAGAGAAUGGGACAAGACACACACUGUUGUUUUACCCAGCAUCCUUCACUGCAUCCAUCCGUCGGACUUAUACCAGUGAGGCAAAUGCGGAUAGUGGCAAAGCUGUCCUGGUCACAGGCUGUGACUCCGGAUUUGGGUUCUCUUUGGCCAAACAUCUACACUCAAAAGGUUUCCUUGUAUUUGCUGGAUGCUUAAUGAAGGACAAAGGUGAUGCUGGGGUUAAUGAGCUGGACAGCUUAAACAGUGACCGACUAAGAACCAUCCAGCUCAAUGUCUGCAAUGGUGAAGAGAUCGAGAAAGCAGUAGAGACCGUCCACUCCAGCCUGAAGGACCCUGAAGAGGGAUUGUGGGGCCUGGUUAACAAUGCAGGCAUUUCAACAUUCGGGGAGGUGGAGUUCACCAGCAUGGAGACAUACAAAGAAGUGGCAGAAGUGAACCUCUGGGGUACAGUGCGCACAACGAAAUCCUUCCUCCCCCUUCUCCGGAGAGCCAAAGGCCGUGUUGUUAACAUCAGCAGUAUGCUGGGCCGAAUGGCCAACCCAGCCCGCUCACCUUACUGCAUCACCAAGUUUGGGGUAGAGGCUUUCUCCGACUGCCUCCGCUAUGAGAUGCACCCUCUGGGUGUGAAGGUCAGUGUGGUGGAGCCCGGCAAUUUCAUUGCUGCUACCAGUCUCUAUAGCCCAGAGCGUAUCCAGGCCAUUGCCAAGAAGAUGUGGGAUGAUCUUCCUGAGGUCGUCCGCAAAGACUAUGGCAAGAAGUAUUUCGAUGAGAAGAUCGCCAAGAUGGAGACCUACUGCAACAGCGGCUCCACAGACACGUCCUCUGUCAUCAAUGCUGUCACACAUGCCCUGACAGCCGCCUCCCCCUAUACCCGCUACCAUCCCAUGGACUACUACUGGUGGCUGCGAAUGCAGAUCAUGACCCACUUUCCAGGGGCCAUCUCUGACAUGAUCUACAUACACUGAAGAGCUACAGAGGCCUCUGUGACCAGGGGAUCUGAUGGGAGGGAGAAGGAUGAGGGGAGGGAGUUCGGACAGUUACCUUCUGAUUACACUUGUGGAUUACCCACUGUCUUAGGAAGACCUAUUUUAGCAUUAACCUUACUUGUGCACGUGGUGAAUGGGUCUGGACCUUCACAGAUGUGAGGGCACAGGUGUGGCCCUAAGCCUCAGGGCCAACAUGGUGCUUCUAUCUAUCUCAAGCUGAUUUUAUACAAAGAUUUGUGGGAAAUAUCUUUAUAUUAAAAAUAGAUUGUUAUAAUAGAAUCCAAAAUCAUUUUAAAGCCAAAACAUCCAUUCAAAAUAUUUAUCCUUAAGCAAGUCUCAUGAGCAUGAAGGACAGAUUUUUUUUUCCUUGUGUGCAUGAAGAAUUUGCAGAACUUGUGAUCUGCAUACAAAAUGCCCUUUUUGCUGUGCCCAAGUGGUCCUACUGUGCACUGGCAUUGCUGUAAAAACUCAUCACAUUUGUGUUCUGGGGACACUGUGGACCCAUCAGUCCUUGACUUCUCUGGCCAGCAGUGUGUCUUCUCCUGAGACAGUCCCACCAGGUGCCCCUGAGUGGUUUCUGCACGACCAUGGCACGAUGUGACUGGUGGCCAGCAGCCACUGACUCAGCUGGCUGGGGGUGGGGAAUCUAGAGAUUGGCAGCUGAGAGUUCUCCACCCUCUUCGAAGACGGGUUAGAUCUGGGUGGAAGCGCUCUGCAUAGGAGUGUGGUUUGGUUUCGCCUUGGACAGGAUUGGUGCUCUUUGGGGCUGUAGACAAAUGAGUGGUGGUGCCAAGGCUGGGCACUGAGACACUUCCCCAGCAAUGGAUCACAUACACACCUGUUCCAUUGGCCUUCAGGAUGGUCACACCUCUCCUUCCUACUGUGAACUUCUUAAUUAAGCUACUCAGUCUGUUACCAAUCAAGGAAGGUUUGACUUUGAAGGCUGCUUGUCCCUGCAGUUGUCCGGGGGCUGUAAAGCCUUGGGCAGCUUUACACAUUUAAAUAAUCAUUUGUGCCUUUUGUUGCAAAAUCUAGUCCUGCCACUAGAGGGAGCCAUGGCUCCUCAGCUAGAGCCUGUUCAGCGUUUUCUUUCAAGCUUGAGGUCUUUCCAAGAGUGUUUGACCACCUACUUGGAUGCUGCCUCGGAACAAAGAAUGAAGCAAAGCCCCUUUGGAAACAGUGAUCCUACACUCCUAAGCAGUUGUCUGGCCUGAACCUGGAGCCCAGUGCCAAGAGAGAGCAAAGGAACUUAGGCAGCUAGAACACACUGGCAUGUGCAGCCAUACUGAGGCAAAAAGGUUCCACAGAGAGCAGAUUCAGCCUGCCUUUUGGGGUUUUGACCUCUCUGGAUUCAAACAGAGGUGCUAUGUUCCAUCCCUGUCUUCAGGCAAGGCAGAAAGGGUCUGGGAGGAAAGGGACGAGGGAGGCAAGGCCUCAGGACCCAGAGAGGGACCCCUGAUGGCUUGCACUUAACCUAACAGUGAGAUGCUUUUGUACUUCAGGGCCUACCUCCAGCUGGAGCCUUCCCGUGGCAUUUUUACAUCUUGGGAGAAUUUGUUUUCGUGCUUAAUAAAGAGGUUGAUUGUAACACUUGGA